AUGGAAGUCGAAAUCGCACUAUGUACUUACAGAACCCCCCUUCCCUGUGAUAUAGACGCUAUAGACUUCGAUGGAACAAGACCCAAUGUAAAGAACGUUCUAGGAGGCGCUGCAUCAUUUGCCGUCGUUGGUGCCCGCUUGGUAACCGGAAGAGAACACUCGCAGGCUGUGAGCUGGAUUGUGGAUGUUGGCUCCGACUUCCCUCCAGAUGUUCUCGAUCUGCUCAAGUCGUGGGAUACCAACUGCGUAUUCCGAGAGGAUCAAAGUCGUUUGACCACCAGAGCCUGGAAUGGUUAUGGUCCAAAUGAGAAGCGAGACUUCAAAUACCUGACUCCGAAGUUGCGCUUGGAACCAGAAAUGCUGUCUGAUUCUCAGGUGUUCUCCAAGACUUUCCACAUGGUCUGCUCCUCCUCUCGUUGUAUUUCAAUCGUGCAAACGAUCUUGCGCAGACGGGAGGAGCUACAGCGAGCAGGCAAAGCUCCCCCAGUGAAGCACGCUGCGCAAAGACCUAUUUUUGUUUGGGAACCUGUGCCGGAUCUAUGCACGCCAGAGGAGCAAGAGCGGUUCCUUGCUGCGAACCAAGUAGUAGACGUUGUGAGCCCCAACGAACUGGAACUCGGAAUGAUGUUUGGCCAGCCUGGUUGGAGCGAGGAGACCGACUAUGGGAAAAACAUCGUCAAGAAGAUUCUUGAGUCAGGUAUCGGUCCUGAUGGGAACGGGAAUUUGGUUAUCAGAGCCGGCAAAGACGGCAGCUACUCUUACUCUAGAUCCCAGAGGGUCUGGCUGCCCGCCUACCAUCAGCCCAGUGCUUCAGGGGCGUCAGCGGUGAUUGACCCCACUGGCGCGGGCAAUUCUUUUCUGGGGUCUACGGCAUGGCAGGAAGCAAUCCAAGCUGCUGCACAGCAUAGCCAAGUCUUGACGGCCUUGAUUUUCGCUACUGUGGCGGCCAGCUUCGUGGUUGAGCAGAUCGGAGUGCCUCGCAUGUCUACAUCCAGUGAUGGGAAGGAGCUUUGGAACGAGACUGAGUUCACGGAACGGGUCCGUCUGUACACACAGCGCUUGUAUCGAACAUUGGAAGAGUCUCCUCAGAAGCACUUUCAGAUCAACUGA